UAUUAGAGGGACAUGGCGGAACAAGAUUUAUAUAGAAUAGCCAUCCACCAACACGAUCCUCUUUAUGAAUGACUUACGCAAGCCACGCUGAUCAGAUUUCUCCACACGAAUUUCGCGAUUUCACUUUUAAUUUUCUCUCCGGCCAAACACAGCGAAAAUCCGGCGAGAAAAAGAAAAAUUGAAAAAGAUGGGGGUUCCGCAAGCAAUGGCGGCCGUGGAAGCGAGAGCAUCGUCCAUAAGAGACGCGCUGAACAAGAGCCAGACCAUUACCGACAGCAUGGUCGCCAUUCUCGGCUCCUUCGACCACCGUCUCUCCGCUCUGGAGACCGCCAUGCGUCCUACUCAGAUACGAACGCAUUCGAUUCGGAGGGCCCAUGAGAACAUUGAUAAGACAUUGAAGGCUGCAGAGGUGAUAUUGGGGCAAUUCGACCUCACACGCAAGGCAGAGGCUAAAAUACUGAGAGGGCCACAUGAGGACCUGGAGAGCUAUUUGGAAGCAAUUGAUCAGUUGAGGAGCAUCAUUCAGUUCUUCAGUAAAAACAAGACUGUUAAGAGCAGUGAUGGGGUGCUUAACCAUGCUAAUGCCUUGCUUUCAAAAGCCAUCUCAAAGCUUGAAGAUGAGUUUAGACAGCUGCUUACAAAUUACAGUAAGCCUGUGGAGCCUGAUCGUCUAUUUGAUUGUCUUCCUGACUCUCUACGGCCGUCAUCAGAUCCAGCUGGACAGAAAAGUGAUGGAAAGAGUUCAGAGCACCAAAACAAAAGCUUACAACCUGUCAUUUACACACCACUAACGCUUAUUCCUCCAAGGGUUCUGCCAUUACUGCAUGAUUUAGCCCAACAAAUGAUUCUAGCUGGCCAUCAACAACAGCUAUUUAGGAUCUACAGGGAUACUCGUGCAGCUGUUAUGGAGCAGAGCCUGAGGAAACUAGGUGUGGAAAGACUUAGUAAGGAUGAUGUUCAGAAAAUGCAGUGGGAGGUUUUAGAGGCUAAGAUUGGGAAUUGGAUACAUUAUAUGCGGAUAGCUGUGAAGCUGCUGUUUGCUGGGGAAAAGAAAAUCUGUGAUCAAAUAUUUGAAGGUGCCGAUUCACUUAAGAAUCCAUGUUUUGCUGAAGUGACUGCAAACAGUAUGACUGUGCUUCUCAGUUUUGGGGAGGCCAUUGCCAGAAGCAAGAGGUCACCUGAAAAAUUAUUUGUGCUUUUAGACAUGUAUGAGAUAAUGAGAGAACUGCAGUCCGAGAUUGAAUUACUUUUCGGAAGUAAAGCUUGUAUGGAAAUGCGGGAAUCUGCCGUAAGUUUGACAAAACGUCUAGCCCAGACAGCCCAGGAAACCUUUGGUGACUUUGAAGAAGCUGUUGAAAAAGAUGCCACAAAAACUACUGUUCUUGAUGGAACUGUCCAUCCAUUGACAAGCUAUGUGAUAAACUAUGUAAAGUUUCUCUUCGAUUAUCAGUCUACACUCAAGCAACUUUUUCAAGAGUUUGAUGACGGUGAUUCAGAGUCUCAGCUAACAGCCGUAACUACAAGGAUUAUGCAGGCUCUUCAGAACAAUCUGGAUGGAAAAUCGAAGCAGUAUAAAGAUCCUGCACUCACUCAGUUAUUUCUCAUGAACAACAUUCACUAUAUAGUGAGAUCUGUGCGGAGGUCUGAAGCGAAGGACUUGUUGGGGGACGACUGGGUGCAGAUACACCGAAGGAUCGUGCAGCAGCAUGCAAAUCAGUAUAAGAGGGUUUCUUGGGCAAAGAUUCUGCAGUGUCUUACCGUCCAAGGAGGAAAUUCAUCAGGUAGUGACAGCAGUUCACUUUCAAGAGCAAUGGUGAAAGAUCGGUUCAAGACCUUCAACGUCCAAUUUGAGGAGCUUCAUCAAAGGCAAUCUCAGUGGACGGUUCCCGAUAGCGAGUUGCGAGAGUCUUUGAGACUGGCUGUUGCUGAAGUCCUCUUGCCUGCUUACAGAUCAUUCGUCAAGCGUUUCGGGCCUAUGAUCGAGAAUGGGAAGAACCCACAGAAGUAUAUAAGGUUUCGUCCUGAGACUAUCGAGUCCAUGCUGAAUGAAUUCUUUGAGAGUAAGACCUGGACUGAACCGAAGCGGUAGAUAUAUAUAGUUGUAGGCCUGUUUUGAAAGGGUCUGGCUUUGCAAUUGGUAUUCUUUGUACAAUGAUGAGGUUAAAUAAUAGUCCAAUUUUAUAUGUCCCAUGUAAAGCUUGCAUUAUUCUUCCAAUUUAUUUAACUAUUUGUUUUUUCA